AAACACGCAUUUGUUUGUUUCCCACAAACCAUUCCUAUCUUCUCAUUGAAUCCAGUCUCUUCAAAGGUAAGCUUGAUUCAGACUUGUUCCACACUUAACUACCCACACAACUGUUGUACACAUAAAUUAAUCAUCAAAUGAUAUCUCAUUGGAAAGAAUUACUUGGCAAGAAUUACUAUGAGCAAUGCCUCGUUGGCUUUAGAAAUGCGACUGAGUAACACCCUCCCUUCCUGACAUUAUGCGUCUCCGUGUUUAUACGCAUGUCCAUCUCCAUAGGCUGGCAGCGAGGGGGAGCUGUGUCCUGGGGCAGAUAGCCUGGGAUACUCAGGCAGCACCAAAACCCUGGCCUCCUCUGUGAUGGAGGUGGAAGCUGAGGCAGAGCGUCCGGACCCCUGCCUGGGCCUGGAAGAUGAGGAUCUAUCCCCCGUGAGCCUCCCGCCCACCCUCUCCAUCACCGAGGAGAUCAUGCAGUUCAUUAACCAGAGCCGCGUGCGAGAGGGAAUGGCCGAACUCAAGCAUGACAUAGUAUGGGAUUCACCCCUGGAUGAGUCUCUGGAGGACCAAACAACUGAGCCACCUCCAUGUCCAGUUGCUCAGCAAGGAAAUGACCAGCCGCAGCCUUCCCCUACAGAGGAGACUUACAAGUCGCAAGACUCGCAUCCCAAUAGUCCAGAGGAGAUAACAGUACAACUGGAGGGGAGCAGAACCAAAAUGGAAGACCAAACUCUUCCACCCCGUCUAUCCAGUGAGUCCUCAGAGGAGGGAGGUUGUGAAGGUGGAGAGUCAACACCUUUGCCAUCUGAUGUCAAAGAAGAGAUGCCUCAGGAGGAGAGCACAUCAGCCAAAGAAACCGAGACAGUUGAGGAAAGAACUGCAUCAGAGGUGGAGGACGAGCAAACGGUCAAAACCGUGACACCUCUCUCUCCUGUAAGCCUCCCUGACAAAAGGGAGGGGGAGAAAGAACUCUGCUUUGACCUCCCCAAUGAGGACAAACCCUCAGAAGCUCCAAUCUCUCAUCUCUCCGUCCCAGAGGACACUGUACAGAGCCCUCUGGCGCCCAAGAAAGAGACCCAGCUCACCAAGUCCGACAGGCAGAUCAUCGAGAAGAUCCGCAGCUACUACGAGGCAGCUGAGGCCGAGGCAGGAGAUGCAGGAGAAGGUGACAGCAUCCCCACCCCAAGGAGAAACAGCUUCUCCCUCAUCAUCCCCACCGGCCUGGUCAAAGACUCUGUGUCCCGCUUUGCUGUCUUUGGCCACCAGGACAGCUUGUGUGACUCGGAGAGCGGGCGCUCCGAUGGGGGGGCAGAACCAGAGCCUGAGUUAGAGCUGCCUGACCAGGGAGAGGGAGCCCUCAGUCCAGACUGUUCCUCCACUUAUGCUGCUGGUUCCCUUGAAGAUCACAGCCAGGAACCAGGUCAGGGUGAGCCUGCUGUGGAGGAAUGUAGCAGGUUUGAGCCAGGGAGCGAGCUCCUCCCCUACAAAGAGUUGAUGGAGUGGAAAGAGAAGGAGAAAGUAGGAGCCGCUGUUAGUACAGAGUUAACAGACAUAAACAAAGAGCCCUCAGGCAGUGAUGAAGCAGCCAAAGUGAUCACAGAAGACCAGCAAGUAAUCAACGGCCACGGACCAAGUCCAAGUGAUCUGGACUCAGAACCUAAAGAGGCCCAGAAAGACUCCACUGUCCCUCCACUUACAGGCCUCCACGACAGUAAGACCGCCCCAGUGUCCCAGGCUGGGUUGGGAAGAAUCAGAGACAGGAGCUCCCUCACUGGGAACCUAGAGGGCCUACCCAGCCAGAUCAAGGUGGGCCGCUGGUCCCGCCACUGUAAGAUGGUGUCCUCCAGCCAGACCCUGUACGAGGGGGCAGCGGUCGCAGACGUGGCAGGGAUAGGCCUGUUCGAGGCCAGCCCCGGUGAUCCAUGUCUGGUGGAGAACUCGGAGAGGAUCCUCAGUAAGGUUCAAAUGCUGGCUCGCAUGUACAGCGCCAAGGCCAGCAUCAUGAAGGUGCCUCUUCACCACAAGAGGGUGUGUGUGGGUCGUGCACCGUGGACCGGCACAACCAGGCACAGUGUCCCUCCUCAGGCCCAGCCGCCACAGCAGCAUCAUGGGGAGAAGAUUACAGUAAAGAGAGCUCAGAGCCAUUCCACUGGUUGCCAGGAGAUUACUUCAGUCUCCUCAGAACCCCAGCUCUUUGGCCACGUCCUUGUCAGUGAACAGCUGUCCCCCACCUACCGCCAGCAGGAGAAUAGCUACGUCCUGGCCGGACCCAGGGACAGUGUUUCCAACCUGGGAUCCACGUCCAUUACCUCUCCACCCUCCUCCCCUCUGACCACCCCACCAAAAAACCCUCAGGUUGGGCCUGAGGAGGUAGUGACGACUGCUGUGGAGGGGACGCUUAUGGAGAACCAGUCUGAGGAAGUCAUCUCAGAAGCUGAGAUGCAGAGGCCUCACUCCAAGAAGGGCUUCCCAGUCCAGGAAGGCCCCAUCCAAGGGGUAAGUAUUGAGGUUCCAGCUGAUGGUCAUCCAGGGACCCCAGAGAUGUCUGUGAAUCUCAGCAGGACUCAGGCAGAGCAGAAAGGACAUCAUCUGUACUCCAUCAGGGAAGAUCCUUCUCUGGGGACAGCAACCUCUUUAGCAGGCCCAUGUGGGAACAAGGACAGGUCUCCAGGGGUUGGCGCUGCAGAGGAACUGAUGAAGACCAUCCAACAGCAGGCUCCAACUGAACCAGAGACAAGCCAGUUGGUGAAGCCAGACGAAGACAAUUUAAACACCAAGAUAAUGUCGCCUUAUGUGGCCAGUGGGGCUGAGAGAGGGAGUUCACCCCAGGUGGCCCCUGGUCAUCAAAGUAAAGCUGAAUCCACCAAAGAGAAACCACGAGAUGCCACUCUAGAUGAUCGGGAUGUUUCGCCUGCAUCGUCAAAGAUUUCCCCUCACAGCUCCGACACGUCUCCCACACAACAGAGGUCCAUCUCUGGACUAACUGAGGGGUCAACCCCCUUAGUGCGGCAUCCCACUCAGUCACCUAUGACUGAACCCAUGCAAGCAACACAUACAUCUGGUCAGAGAGUCAAGGAGAGUCAAGUCCCAGAGGAUUCCAAAGAAAAAGAGGGGGGCAUGGUUCCCCAUCCGUGGUCAUCGCUCCAAAGCCCGGUGCCUAUACCUCUACCAGGGGUGCAGUCCUCUGACUGUCUGCCUAAGUUCACCAGCCAAAGACCACCCAACCUGCACCUGCCCACUAGCAUGGGUAGAAGGAGCCUUCCUAUCAAUUGGAACGGAUCAAACAACGCCACACUCCCCAGCCAAAGACUACCACCUGCUCCACUGAAGUCCAGAGAGCCAGGCCAGGAUCCUUCAGCCCCAUCCAUCCAUGCCUCUGGGUUGUCCCCCAUCAGACAGCCUUCCUCCCAGUCUUCACUGGAGAGAUCAGCCACCCUGCCUCCAGGUAUCGGCCAUCCCAUGGAUGCCAUGCCCCCCUCCGCCUUCAGCCCCAGUCUCCACCAUCGCUCUCCCUCUCCAAUCAGGGGACUCCCCUGCUCCUCUCCCAGCCCUUCUGCCUUGACCAAGUCCCUGGCCGCCUUCUGCAUCAGCCAGUCCAUCAGCCAGAGUCUGGCCAAGAACAACGCUCGCCUCCGGGACCAGGCCACCCCUUCCCCAGGUAGUCCAGCCCCUCUGGCUCCCGCUCCCACUGCAUCCCCACUCAGGAUGAGGUCUCCCUCCCCCAAACUCACCUCUGGCCCUAGUGGCCCCCUCUGA